UAUCCCCAACCCUGACAACUCAUACGGAGGGCAAGCGGUGCACCACGCAAAGUCGUUCGAUAGCCCCCACAUCGUUACAUUUACAGCGGAAGACAAGUGUGUCAGCAACAAACCAUGGGUUGCUGCCCUUCAUAUCUCUGGGACCCACACAGGCCAUUACCAAGGCCAGCGGUCGAUCAGUUCGUUAAUUUUAAAAAUAAUAAUGGAAUACAUGUGUACUACCCAUUCGGCUGGAUGAAAGACUUCGACACAUCUCUUCCAACCCCAUUUUUUGAUGGCCUAACUGCAAGAAUGUUCUGCUUCCUGGCCGAUAUUACGCAGACGGCUCAGCUCGUUAUAUACGAAGAUGGUAAGCUGGACUCCAGUUUCGUAAGCGUCCAAAUGGAGAAAAAAGAACCGUACUGGAGUAUUAUGGGAGGUUCAGGUGGUAAGGAACAUAAACGAAUCUAUCCUCCAACCUCCAUAGUACAAGGAACCUAUUACAGCUUCGCCAUUCAGAUGCACGACGACAAGUCAUUCAAGCUUUUUUAUAAUGACAUCAUGGCGUACGAAGCGAACAUGAACAAAAUUUCAGGGAAAAAUUGGAGGGUGAAAACCAUACUUGGAGGUCACUAUGUAUGGGCACUUCACUAUUGCGAUGAACUUCAGACAUCCUUUCCGCCACGUGGCUUGGGGCCGUCGUUCUGGUUCCCAGAUCUACGACUGCAGGUCGGCACAACGGUCAAGUUUCAAGGUGAAGCCCUCGCGUUCAACGAAACGGAUGUAAUCCAAGCGAAAUUUGGUCCCGCAGAGUUGCAGAUCUCCUUCAAGUCAAGUUCAUCGUUUAAGAACAAAAUUAUCACAUUCAUACUAAGAAGAACGCUGGAGUCUUUUGUUUUGAUGAUGGACUUUACUACCGAGGGCGCAACAAAGUAUACGCCGACGGAGGACCCAUACAAGAGCGGCGGGAUAGCACCUUUCUUCAGUGACAAUUUUCGUUUGUUAAAUAUUCACGUUGCAUGGGGCUCAUUCACCAUGUAACGGCCGAUGCAUGCACCCUAAAACAAUAUAAACGAAUUUGCAAUGCUAAAGCUCCCUACACAUAUAGGUGCACUGCGGAUGGCUUAGGACACAAUGAACUCUCACCAGUCACCUAAUAAAGGAAAUAAAAAUAUUACCAUUUCAUGCCCAGGCAAGUUGUGGAAUCGCAUAAU